AGGAUGGGGGAUGGAUGCUGGAUGGCGCCAUUCGGGUUGGGGCUUCUUGACCUGGUCUCCAUUGAAGGGUCUAUUGGCUGUGGUGCUGGUAGCUGGGAAUGUCAUGCUCGUUAUUGCUAAGGGUAAUGCCCAGACCUCGAAUAGCUUAGAAGAAGGAGCAGAUGCCACGGCUUACUGGUGGGGAGAGUGGACCAAGUGGACAGCUUGCACCAGAACCUGUGGUGGAGGAGUGAAGUCUCAGGAGAGACACUGUCUUCGGCAGAGGAGGAAGUCCGUCUCAGGACUUGGGAACAAGACCUGCACAGGCACCUCCAAGAGGCACCAGCUGUGCAAAGUACAGGAGUGUCCUUCUGAUGGAAGAAGCUUCAGGGAGGAGCAGUGUAUAUCCUUCAACUCCCAUGUGUACAAUGGAAGGACGUAUCAAUGGAAACCCUUAUACCCGGAUGACUAUGUGCACAUCUCAAGCAAGCCCUGUGACUUGCAUUGCACAACCGUGGAUGGCCAACGGCAGCUGAUGGUACCAGCUCGUGAUGGGACCUCCUGCAAAUUCAUUGACUUUCGAGGGGUUUGCGUGUCUGGAAAAUGUGAGCCCAUUGGAUGUGAUGGGGUCCUCUUCUCCACCCACACUCUGGACAAGUGUGGGGUUUGUCAGGGUGAUGGCAGCAGCUGCACACAUGUGACAGGGAAUUACAGGAAAGGGAAUGCCCACUUGGGCUAUUCCCUGGUAACACACAUUCCAGCUGGCGCCCGAGACAUCCAGAUUGUAGAACGGAAGAAGUCGGCAGACGUCUUAGCUCUUGCUGACGAAGCCGGCUACUAUUUCUUUAAUGGGAACUACAAAGUAGACAGUCCAAAGAACUUCAACAUCGCUGGCACCAUUGUCAAGUACCGACGGCCCAUGGAUGUGUAUGAAACCGGCAUCGAGUACAUCGUAGCCCAGGGUCCCACCAACCAGGGUCUGAAUGUCAUGGUGUGGAAUCAAAAUGGCAAGAGCCCUUCAAUUACCUUUGAAUACACUCUUCUCAGAAAGCCCCACUCCCAGAGCAUCCAGCCUGUCUACUAUACCUUCUCCGAAACUGCUUCAGAGAGUGCAGAGAGCCGGGAAUUUGAUGGUGAGGGGCUGGUGGGCUUUGUCCAGCACAACGGCAGCUACUAUGGGAAAUCGUCAAAGGAAAGGCUAGAUCUAGAGAACCAGCUGUUUGGCCAGCAGGGCCCCUCGGAGGAUCUCAACCUGAGCAAGGGCCAGGAGACCAAUGAGGUGUACGAGAGGGCAGGAGGCACGGACUGCGAGGCUCCGCUGAGGGGCAAGGCCUUCCGAGAUUCAAAUACUACCCAGGUGGUUCAUACGGGAGAGAAGGAGGAUCAAGACACUGAUGCUCACUUUGCCUCCCAGGAGUUCCUCUCAGAAAAUGCCAUCUCCGACCAGCUUUUGGGCAAGAGCUCUGACUCUAAGGAGUUUGUCCUGAAUGUAACAGUGAACAGCAUUUUUGCUCAAGGGGACCCCCAUCACCCAGGGAGCUCCCCCAUGGACAGCCUCUAUUUGGACUAUGAGGAAAAUGAAGGAGCUUACAUCCUCAAUGGCACCUACUUGGAGCUGAGCAGCGAUAGGAUGGCCAAUACAUCCUCAGAGACACCGUUCCCCAAUGCUAGUGCGACCCUACCUAGUUCACCGGGAAACAGGACACACAAAGCAAGGACCAGGCCCAAGUCCAGGAAGCAAGGUGUGAGUCCUGCUGACAUGUACAGGUGGAAGCUCUCUUCCCACGAGCCUUGUAGCUCCACCUGCACAACAGGGGUCAUGUCAACGUAUGCCAUGUGUGUCCGUUAUGAUGGGAUUGAGGUCGAUGACAGUUACUGCGAUGCCCUGACCCGCCCGGAGCCUGUCCACGAGUUCUGUGCUGGGAGGGAAUGCCAGCCAAGGUGGGAGACCAGCAGCUGGAGCGAGUGUUCUCGAACCUGUGGGGAGGGUUAUCAGUUCCGCAUUGUUCGUUGCUGGAAGAUGAUCUCACCCGGCUUUGACAGCUCUGUGUACAGUGACUUGUGUGAGUCAGCAGAUAUCACCCGGCCGGAUGAGCGAAAGACGUGUAAGAACCCAGCGUGUGGGCCCCAGUGGGAGAUGUCAGAAUGGUCAGAGUGUGCGGCCAGGUGUGGGGAGAGGAGUGUGGUGACCCGGGACAUCCGAUGCUCUGAGGAUGAGAAGCUUUGUGAUGCUAACACCAGGCCUGUGGCAGAGAAGAACUGCACAGGCCCCCCCUGUGACCGACAAUGGACUGUCUCAGACUGGGGACCGUGCAGUGGAAGCUGCGGCCAGGGGAGGAUGAUCCGACAUGUCUACUGCAAGACCAGUGAUGGACGGGUUGUGCCUGAGUCCCAGUGUAAUGUGGAAGCCAAACCUCUGGCCAUCCACCCCUGUGGGGACAAGAACUGCCCCGCUCAUUGGCUGGCUCAGGAUUGGGAGCGGUGCAAUACCACUUGUGGGCGUGGGGUGAAGAAGAGGAUUGUGCUGUGUCUGGAGUUGGCUAACGGGAAACUGAAGACGAAGAGCCCCUCUGACUGCGACAUCAGCAAGAAGCCCACGGAGGAGAGUACCUGCUUUGAGAGGCCAUGCUUCAAGUGGUACACCACACCGUGGUCUGAGUGCACCAAAACCUGUGGAGUAGGUGUGAGAAUGCGUGAUGUGAAAUGCUAUCAAGGGACAGACAUUGUUCGGGGCUGUGACCCACUGGUGAAGCCUGUUGCCAAACAGACCUGUGACCUGCAGCCAUGCCCUACAGAACCUCCAGAUGACAGCUGCCAGGAUCAGCCAGGGACCAAUUGUGCUCUGGCCAUCAAGGUCAACCUUUGUAGCCACUGGUACUACAGCAAAGCCUGUUGUCGUUCUUGUAGACCCACCCACUCCUAGGCUCCUUGGAGGAGAGACAUCCCCUUUCACCCUGGCCUGGACUGCCAUACUAAGAGACUGAAGGACUGGGGGGUGGCCCUGUGGAAGAGGAGCUCCCCAUCCCUUCUUUUAAUUGAAGCGCUUCCCGGUAGCUGGGAGCACAAGCCUGUGAAAAAUGAACAUUGGCCUUCUGCUUAUAGAGAAGGGACUUUGACCACACUCUGCCAAACCUCUUCUCCCUCACCCGAUCUCAAGGGAGAGAGAUCCACUGAUCACCUGCAUUGGGUUUCAAGGCUGGGAACCCUAAUCCAUGAUUCCUCACUACUAUAUGUUGGUAGUGUCUGGAUAGAUGGAAGGAUGUACAUAGGAUCUUGUAUAUUUGUUUCUAUAUUAGAUCGAAAUCCUUGUGGGGGUUUCUCCUCCAACCCUUGACCUUUGGUCGCCUGCCUCUAUGCCCAACUUCUUGUUUGCUCUUACAAAAGUCCAGAGGGAGGGAAGAAUCAGAGUAGCAUGUCUGGCAACCAAAGCAUCUUGGAAGGCGAAUGCCCAUCCUGUUGAUUUUAGAAGUUGCCUCAGAAUGAAAUCCUUUUGUCCCCUGAUGUUUUUCUGGGCCCUAGGGUGAGGGGUACCACAGGAGAAGAGAACAGAAGACUGUAAAAGUAGGUGUAUACUUUUCAGAGAAUUUUAUCUCAUAACCAAAUGUCAGUUUCAUAGUCCUUAUAAAAGAUCAUUGCUGACAGAAGUGUAUAUAAUGAAACGUACCUGCACUUUAUAUCACAAAAGACGCAUUUGUUUCUUAAUAUAUUUGUUUACAAACAGUGGAUUUUAUCCCUAUAAUCAUUAAUCAGUACUCAUCUGUGUAUGUUAAUAAAGUUGUUGUAUUUAUGAUUGCA